AUAGCACCGAAUGCAUCGAUCCCAUGCAAGUCGCUUAGCUAGCUAGCUACUAACAGUAUAGUUCCAUGAUCUGAAAAGGGGAAUUUUGAUCAUAUUGCAAACAUAUUUAGUUAUGUUGGGCAAUCAUGGCAUCCAACCUGUCACUCUGGUUUUCAACAACACGAAAAACUGUUUUCUUCACCUUCCUUCAAACUUGUUAAAACAGCUCUCUCUUCGUGACGUAAGCUAUAAACUAACGUUAGCUAGCUAGCUAGCUAACAGCUAGUUAGUGUCGUUGUCUUUUUAGUUGUGUCAAGUAAUAACUAUGCAAAACUAUCAGCAAACUACCGGUAGCUAACUUGUACUUGAAACCAAUACAUGCCAUUUCUUCUGAUCUGAUCUGUAGCAUGCCAUUUCCCCCACGUUUUUUCAUGCAAUUUGCUAUCUUCUGUGUUAUAAAGAACCAGGCCCUGGAGCUGUCCUGGGGUCAUGAUGCCCGUGUGUUCCUCAGCUGGACCAGAAGCAGAAGCCCUGCCAACCAGGAGGACCAUAAAGUAGCACUGAGCAGGCAACUGGGAGAGAAACUUGGACUCAGAGAUGGAGAGCAGGUAAUGAUGUCCCAUUCACUAAUUACCUUAUUGCCCAUUCCCCAAACUCAUCAUGCCUUUAUAACCCCACUUUUCCUGAUUGCUAACUCAUGUUGCAUGGUUUCAGGGCUUCUUGCGGUCGUGCCAGCAGGUCCUGUCUGUACAGCAGGUGUUUGUGGAGCCACUCUCCUCUGACGACUGGGAAAUCCUGGUGAGUACCUAUAGAGAGGUCUUUGUACAGUAUUGUGCAGUAGGCAAGCUCACCCAUCAGAAACAAUUAGUACCAUAUGGUUUUAGUAUAGCCUGGGAGUGCUGCCUGUGGGUUUCUUCUUCAUUCAACUCCUUUGUCAUUGUCAUGCAACAGACAGCUACCCAGGCUAGUUUUGAUCAUUUGCUGUCAGAACAAAUUCAACAUUGCCGAGCGACUGUCAAUAUGGUUAGUAAAUGUACAGUCUGGAAGGGGCAAACAUUUAACCAUGUCUUGUCCUCAGGAGCUCCACAGUGCAGUGCUGGAGCAGCAGCUCCUGGAUCAGAUCAGAGUGGUGUUUCCGGAUGCAGUGUUUCCUGUGUGGGUGGACCAGAGAACAGUCAUCUACAUCAAAAUCGGUCAGCGCUGAUUUUCACUUUUUACAUUUUCUCAACUUCUACCAGCUAUGAACUCACCAGCUACUAUGUUAUGACCAAAGAAACAGUUGAUCAGAUGAGGCUGGUUGGAAGAGCUAUAGGAGGACAAGCUCAUUGUAAUGUCUGGAAUGGAAUAUAUGGAACAGUAUCAAACAUAUGUAAACCACGUUUGACUCCGUUCCAUUUACUCCAUUCAGGCCAUUACAAUGAGUCCGUCCUCCUAUAGCUCCUCCCACCAGCCUCGUCUGCAGUUGAUGUAAUACUGUCCUUCAUACCCUUCUUCUGCAGCUUCACUCACCCCAACUGUACCGUACGGUCGAUUAGAGCAGUUCACAGAGCUGCACGUCUCUCCUAAAAUCCGUGCUGGAAGUGAAGACCCCUCCAGCUCUCCUUUCGGAUUAUCCAAUCAGAACCAGCCCUUCCACAGGCAGCCAAACCACUCACACUCCUCCAGGUCCUCUCAGGAGAGCAGCGUUCAGGAGACUGGACUUCCUGUAGAACAAUGUCCCAAUGCUGCUGCCCUCCAGAGCCCCCAGCAGUGGGACUGGAUAGCAGACCUAAAGAGCCUGGUCAGGUACAUGCUAACAGGGAACUAUGACCCUGUGAGAGAGACUCCCCCCAUCCCCCCCAUCCCUGCCCUCCUCAGUGACUCAGUGUUCAGAGUGUGCAGAGCACCGCCCGUGUCUCCUGGCCCUCUGAGUGCCACCCAUGGGGUUGUCCACAUCAUGUCCUGGGGCCAGCAGAUGGGAGGUAAUAUCAAUGGAGGCCAGCCAGCUGUGACGUACGGCCUACUGUCCAAGGUGCUCUCUCCCAAGGAGGUGAGAGAGAGGGCUAAGCAGGCCAUGGAAAAGAAGAAGAGCGGCGGUGCUGUUGGUGCUCCCCAGCCUGGUGGUGCAGGGGACAGGGAGGAAAAAGAGGAUGCCACUGUAGUCAAGGUGGUGUGUCACCAUACAGAGGGGCUGAAAGGGAAGCAGGGAUCAUCUAGAGAGGGAGAGCUCCACAGUGGAAGGGUCUGGGUGAGUACAUGUACUUAAGCCAUGGUCUAAACUCAAGUUAGGCACAAUGUAGGCCUAAUCAAAUUACCUAUUCUCAAUCAUUCUACCCAUGGUUGUUUACAGGUUUGUCUGCCCAAACGUAUUUAUAUUGAGGCUCAUAUGUAUUCAUGCCUCAUACAGUUAUUGUUUUUCUCAGAUCCCACAAUCCCUGGAAACUAGUCUUAAUAUCAACCCACACUCAUCAGUGAGAAUCAAGCCAAUCAAGUCAACUCCUAAAGUAGCCACCAGUAUCCACCUGCAGCCUUUACAACCACUGGUGAGUAACAUUUAUUUUUACAUUAUGUUAUAUCUCCAGAGCUUCGACAUAUUGGUACAUUUGGUAUACGUUAUUCUAUGGAUUCUACUGUUCUGUUCAGCCUAAUCUUGUACUUUCUGUGUUGCUGUUUGACCCCUGCCCUGAUGUCCUCCUAGCCUGCAGCAGAGAGUGAGGUGGAGAUUCAGACUGCCUUCCUGGGUUGGCUGCACACCCAGAGCCACGAACCACUAGCCUGUCUGACCGGCCGCUCCAACACCAUCCUCUUACCUGCCACUGAAGGUAUACAUAGGCUGCAUCACAAAUGGCACCCUGUUCCCUUUAUAGUGCACUAUAAAAAUCAAAUCCAAGUUUAUUGGUCACGUACACACUUUAGAAGAUUUUAUAGCGACAGCAGUGCAAUUUUUGUGUUACUAGCUCCUAACAGUGCAGUAAAAUGUCAAACAAGUACAGUGCCUUCAGAAAGUAUUCACACCCCUUGACUUUUUCCACAAUUUGUAGUGUUAUAGUAUGAAUUUAAGUGAUUUAAUUGAGAUUUUGUGUCACUGAUCUACACACAAUACCCCAUAAUGUCAAAGUGGAAUUUCGUUUGUAGAACUUUUUUAAAUUAAAAGCUGAAAUGUCUUGGGAGAAUAAGUAUUCAACCCCUUUGUUAUGGCAAGCCUAAAUAAGUUCAGUAGUAAAUAUGUGCUUAACAAGUCACAUAAUAAGUUGCAUGGACUCAUUCUGUGUUCAAAAAUAGUAGUUAACAUGAUUUUUGAAUGACUACCCCAUCUCUGUACCUCACACAUACAAUUAUCUGUAAGGUCCCUUAAUCGAGUAGUGAAUUUCAAGCAUAGAAGACCAGGGAGGUUUUUCAAUGCCUCGCAAAGAAGGGCACCGCUUGGUAGAUGGGUAAAAAUAUAUCCCUUUGAGCAUGGUGAAGUUAUUAAUUAGGCUUUGGAUGGUGUAUCACUACAAAGAUACAGGCGGCCUUCCUAACUCAGUUGCCGGAGAGGAAGGAAACUGCUCAGGGAUUUCACCAUGAGGCCAAUGGUGAUUUUAAAACGGUUACACAGUUUAAUGGUUGUGAUAUGAGAACUAAGGAUGGAUCAACAACAUUAGGUUAGUAUUAUGGAGUAACUACAAAUCACAGAAUGAAAAAAAGGAAGCCUGUACAGAAUAAAAAUAUUACAUUUACAUUUACAUUUUAGUCAUUUAGCAGACGCUCUUAUCCAGAGCGACUUACAGUUAUCAAAAACAUGCAUCCUGUUUCAAUCAAGGCACUUCAGUAAUACUGCAAAAAAUGUGGCAAAGAAAUUAACUUUUUGUCCUGAAUACAAAGCGUUAUGUUUGGGGCAAAUUCAACACAGAGUCCCACUCUUCAUAUUUUCAAGCAUGGUCGUGGCUGCAUCAUGUUAUGGGUAUGCUUGCCAUCGGCAAGGACUAGGGAGUUUUGUAGGAUAAAAAGAAACUGAAUACAGCUACAGUGAGGGAAAAAAGUAUUUGAUCCCCUGCUGAUUUUGUACGUUUGCCCACUGACAAAGACAUGAUCAGUCUAUAAGUUUUUAUGGUAGGUUUAUUUGAACAGUGAGAGACAGAAUAACAACAAAGAAAACCAGAAAAAUGCAUGUCAAAAAUGUUAGAAAUUGAUUUGCAUUUUAAUGAAGUAUUUGACCCCUCUGCAAAACAUGAUUUAGUACUUGGUGGCAAAACCCUUCACAGAGGUCAGAUGUUUCUUGUAGUUGGCCACCAGGUUUGCACACAUCUCAGGAGGGAUUUUGUCCCACUCCUCUUUGCAGAUCUUCUCCAAGUCAUUAAGGUUUCAAGGCUGACGUUUGGCAACUCGAACCUUCAGCUCCCUCCACAGAUUUUCUGUGGGAUUAACGUCUGGAGACUGGCUAGGCCACUCCAGGACCUUAAUGUGCUUCUUCUUGAGCCACUCCUUUGUUGCCUUGGCCGUGUGUUUUGGGUCAUUGUCAUGCUGGAAUACCCAUCCACGACCCAUUUUCAAUGCCCUGGCUGAGGAAGGAGGUACAUGGCGCCGUCCAUCGUCCCUUUGAUGCGGUGAAGUUGUCCUGUCCCCUUAGCAGAAAAACACCCCCAAAGCAUAAUGUUUCCACCUCCAUGUUUGACGGUGGGGAUGGUGUUCUUGGGAUCAUAGGCAGCAUUCCUCCUCCUCCAAACACGGCGAGUUGAGUUGAUGCCAAGGAGCUCGAUUUUGGUCUCAUCUGUUCUCCUCUGAAUCAUUCAGAUGUUCAUUGGCAAACUUCAGACGGCCCUGUAUAUGUGCUUUCUUGAGCAGGGGGACCUUGCGGGCGCUGCAGGAUUUCAGUCCUUCACGGCGUAGUGUGUUACCAAUUGUUUUCUUGGUGACUAUGGUCCCAGCUGCCUUGAGAUCAUUGACAAGAUCCUCCCGUGUAGUUCUGGACUGAUUCCUCACCGUUCUCAUGAUCAUUACCCCAGGCCGAGGGAGAUUGACAGUUAUUUUGUGUUUCUUCCAUUUGCGAAUAAUCGCACUAACUGUUGUCACCUUCUCACCAAGCUGCUUGGCGAUGGUCUUGUAGCCCAUUCCAGCCUUGUGUAGGUCUACAAUCUUGUCCCUGACAUCCUUGGAGUGCUCUUUGGUCUUGGCCAUGGUGGAAAGUUUGGAAUCUGAUUGAUUGAUUGCUUCUGUGGACAGGUGUCUUUUAUACAGGUAACAAGCUGAGAUUAGGAGCACUCCCUUUAAGAGUGUGCUCCUAAUCUCAGCUCUUUACCUGUAUAAAAGACACAUGGGAGCCAGAAAUCUUUCUGAUUGAGAGGGGUCAAAUACUUAUUUCCCUCAUUAAAAUGCAAAUCAAUUUAUAACAUUUUUGACAUGCGUUUUUCUGGAUUUUGUUGUUGUUAUUCUGUCUCUCACUGUUCAAAUAAACCUACCAUUAAAAUGAUAGACUGAUCAUGACUUUGUCAGUGGGCAAACGUACAAAAUCAGCAGAGGAUCAAAUAUUUUUUUCCCUCACUGUAUAAGCACACGCAAAAUCCUAGAGGAAAACUUGGUUCAGUCUGCUUUUCAACAGACACGUGGAGACAAAUUCACCUUUCAUCAGGACAAUAACCUAAAACACAAGGCCAAAUCUACACUGGAGUUGCUUACCACGACAACAUUGAAUGUUCCUAAGUGGCGUAGUUAAAGUUUUGACUUAAAUCGGCUUGAAAAUCUACGCAAGACUUGAAAAUGGCUGUCUAGCAAUGAUCAUCAAUCAACUUGACAGAGCUUGAAGAAUUUUAAAGAAUAAUGGGCAAAUAUUGUACAAUCCAGGUGUGCAAAGCUCUUAGAGACUUACCCAAAAAGACUCACAGCUGUAAUAGCCGCGAAAGGAGCUUCUACAAAGUAUUGACUCAGGGAUGUGAAUACUUAUGUAAAUUAGAUUUCUGUAUUUCAUUCUCAAUAUAUUUCUAAAACAUGUUUUCACUAUCAAGGGGUAUGAAUACUUUCUGAAGGCAUUGGGAAUAUAGGGUAAAGGGUGCCAUUGGGGAUGCUGCCAUAAAGUCACUCUCUGUGAUUGUUGGCAGCAGGUUAUUCAAUCUCACCCAAAGUGUAUGGAGUGCAUUGUAAAUGUAAUACAAUCUUGAUCUUCCUUCAGGCAAGGUGGAGUUUGCCAUGACUGUGUUGACGUCGGAACCUGAGUCGGAGAGUAAAGCGCCUGACCAGUUGUUUCUGUUGGCUCCAAGUGUGAUACAGAAAACAGACAUACAGGUACUAGUGACACGUUUUGCUAACUCAGACUUCAUACACUGAGUGUACAAAACAUGAAGAAUACCUUCCUAAUAUUGAGUUGUCCACCCACCCCCACACCCCUUUGCCAUCAGAACAGCCUCAAUUAGUCAGGGCAUGGAUGCUACAAGGUGUCCAAAGCGCUCCACAGGGAUGCUAGCCCAUGUUAACUCCAAUGCUUCCCACAGUUGUGUCAAAUUGGCUGGAUGUCCUUUGGGUAGUGGAACAUUCUUGAUACACACAGGAAACUGUUGAGCAUGAAAAAUCCAGCAGCGUUGCAGUUCUUGACACAGACCGGUGCGCCUGGCACCUACUACCAUACCCCGUUCAAAGGCACAUAAAUCUUUUGUAUGUGUGCCCUCUGAAUGGCACACAUACACAAACCAUGUCUCAAGGCAUACAAAUCUUUCUUUAACCUGUCUUCUCCCCUUCAUCUACACUGAUUGAAGUGGAUUUAACAAGUGACAUCAAUAAGGGAUCAUAGCUUUCACCUGGAUUCACCGGGUCAGUCUUUCAUGAAAAGAGCAGGUGUUCUUAAUGUUUUGUACACAAAGUUUUUAUGUACAUUCAUAUCAACGCAUUAACGUCCAUGACUGACCCUCUUCUCAUGAUGUCUAGGUUGUUAGGGAACCUGUAACCGUGCCUACUGUGAAAGCCAUGGGUAGUACCCUUAAUCAAGAUCUACCCUCUCUCAGCAGUCUUGGGUAAGCCAUCAGAUUCAUUACAGAACACACCGUAACCUGUUGAAGUGAUAGCUGUGUGAACCAAAUGGAUAUUCUAUUAAACAUCUCACAAACUGUCUAGAAUGAAUGUUUUUGGUUGAUUAAUGGUAGUUAGUUGACAUGUUAAACACCUAUCCAGGCAUUAGGAGAUCUGGCAUGCAUCUGCAAUGUAGUCAGCCUGGAACGCGGCCAAAGUGUACCACUGCCCUGCCUCUGCCAUGAUGUGACCUGUGUUCUCCUCUUGUGCUGUCCCCAGUGGUGUGGAGGAGCUAAGCAGCACAGGGUUUGACUUCGUCUCCCACAGCCUGAUGGUACGGCCUCUCUCCUGGGAGCUGGUGUCCACCGGCCGGGGCCUCCGGGGCGGGGCCCUGCUCAUCACAGGGGCCAAGGUAACCUCUAACCUCAUCAAGUAAUCCGGUCAAUCGUUCCCAGAAAUCAGCAGGACUGAUUCUGACAUGAAUGUCCAAGUCAGAUCACAUUGAGUUAAAACAGUUUUAUCUUGAUAUGAAGGGCUAAUAUGUAGGUUAAAACAGAUACCACUGCCAGCUAUAGUGACGCACUCAAUCGGAUCGUGGACUGUGAGCAUUGGUUACUGUCCGGUGUGUGUUUUGUAUUCCCUCACAGGGAAGUGGGAAGACUGCUCUUUCCAGAGCUCUGUGUAGAAAAACUAUGGAGGACCUGGAUGCUCAUGUGGAGGUGGUUGACUGCAAAAAGCUGAAAGGUGGGAGUUGGACCUUUCACUUAUUGUUUCUGUGGUGACUUGUUUAUUUUUGACCAUGAUGAUACAAUGUUGUAUAAUGUUCUGCAGGGAAGAGAGCAGAGACAGUGAGGCAGAUGUUGGAGGAGGUUUUUGAACAGGCGGUGUGGAGACAGCCCUCUGUGGUCCUGCUGGAUGACCUGGAUCAUGUGACGGGGGCGCCGACCUCACCGGAACAUGAACACGGACCAGAGGCUCUCCUAAGGCUGCACAUUGCCCAGAGUAUGAUACUACACAACUCUGUGUGUGUCCAUAUCCGCGUACGCGUCCGUGUGUGUUUCUUGUUCAUAGACAUGUCUAAUAUCUGUGUGUCGUGACCCCUCCCUGUGUGUUGUCCAGGUCUAAGGGCCAUUGUAGAUGACGUGGUGGUGCGCUCCAGCCUUGUCUCUCUGGUCAUCAGCAGUCACAGUGAACACUCCCUCCACCCGUCACUCAGGGAGGUGCAGGGCUCCCACUUCCUCCAGGGCUUCAUACACAUCCAGCCUCCUGAUCAGGUAACUGGGGUAGGGUCAAGUUGCCCCUCGGCACUGAUCUUGGGUCAGUUUCAGCAUUUCUCCCACUAAUGGUUCAGGUUAGAAUUGGGGGAGAAGAAGCUGAUCCUAGAUCUGAGAACCACAUCCAUUUAUCCAGUCUGACUUUGCGCUGGUUGCCAAUGCUCUGAAAUAUCAAUUUUGUCUUACCAGCAAAGUAGCAAGAAGUAACUGUAUGAAUAUUUAUUGGACUUGAUAGUGUCUUUGUUGCUACAUGUAGCUUUCUUUCUAUCUUUCUUUAUAAUAAUGUGUAUUACAUAGUUAUCUGUCUGUUUGUGACUGUGGAAUAUUUUGUACAAAGGCAUCAUCUUCACCUUUGUGAUAAUAAUUAUGCCAGACAGUUAAUGUGGGACUACUGUAAGCAUAGUAUUUUUUAAUCUUUAACUCUGCAUUGUUGGAAAAGGACCCGUAAGGAAGCAUUUCUCUGUUAGUCUACACCUUUGUUCACGAAGAAUGGGACAAAUAACAUUUAAUUAGAUUUGAUCUGUAUUGUGACUGUGUUGUCUGUCUGUCAGGCCCAGAGAGGAGAGAUACUGCGCUGUCUGAUCCUCAGUAAGACUGCUGUAUCCAAGGAGACCCUACACACGCUCGACCUGGGGGACAUUGCCAAGGAGACAGAGGGCUACCUGCCCCGUGACCUGGCCCUGCUGCUAGAGAGAGCCAUCCAUGCCAACGCCCUACACAGGGCACGCAGCACCCAGGGUUAGUACCCUAUCUAUCCCACUCCACCAAAAAAACAUCCUACUAGCUUUUGGCCCAUAUAUAAAAUAAUGUUCUAUCUCUAUGUUUGUGGCAUCCUUGCAGAUUCCUAAAAAUGACCUGGAAUUAGUAAACAAAUUAGUAAAUGAAGGCUAUAGAUAUUUCAGUCACACCAAGACCAUAACACACAUCUCCCAACUUCAAUCACAAACCACUAAGACAAAAAUAACAUCACAUGAUUAUCACAUGGCUAUCACAUGAUUAUCACAUGGCUAUCACAUGAUUAUCACAUGGUUAUGACAUGCAAUGACUACAGUAAUAGAGUAGUGUACUUGGUUGUCCAUUGAAAUGAGAAUCAGUCCAUAUGCUGUCUAUAUUGUGACAUUGUAUACUCUGUCUGUGUCCUCUCCUCGUCCCAGGGGUGUGUCUGUCGUGGAGGGAUUUUGUGCAGGCUCUGAAGGGCUUCACCCCUCCCUCUCUGUGGGGGGCUCAGCUGCAGAGCCCCAGCGGUGCAGGCCUUGAGAGGGUAGGGGGGCUGCAUCACGUACGCCAGCUACUCAUGGACACCAUCCUGCUACCGGCCAAGGUGAAUCUCACUAGCCAGGUCCCAGAUCUGUUUGUGCUGUCUUGCCAACUCCUAUGGUGAGCGUGACAAUGACCUGGGACCAGGUCAGCACAAAUCUCACAGGUAGAGAGACAAGGAAGACUAUCUGAAAAACCAGGUCGUUAUUGUACCAGAUAAAUGGUUCUCAAUGACUUACCCAGGUUAUACAGUACAGGUUGGAUUCAUAAAUAAAUUGGUGCUGCUGUAGAACUUUGUCUGAGUUUUGGUGGAGCUGUUCUUCUAUAGAAGCUGAUAUGAGGUACUCGGUUUGUUAUUGGAUAGUCACCCAUCUCCCACUCAUGUCAGUCUUCUCUGUACGUUCCAGUAUCCGGUGCUCUUCUCCAGCCUUCCCAUCCGGCAGCGCUCAGGACUUCUGCUGUACGGCGCUCCAGGCACUGGGAAAACCCUGCUGGCUGGUGCCGUGGCCAAGGAGAGCGGGAUGAACUUCAUCAGUAUCAAGGUGGGUUUGAAAUGUACCAGGGCCUGUCUCAAAUCACACACUAUCCCUAUAUAGUGCAUUACUUUUGAUCAGGGAACAUAGGGGUCUGGUCAAAAGUAGUGCACUAUGUAGGAAAUAGGGUACCAUUUGGGUUUCUGUAUAAGCACUUUGUGACAUCUGCUGAUAUAAAAAGGGCUUUAUAAAUACAUUUGAUUGAUUGAAGUAAGUGUUAACACUGGGAACUUGUUAUUGUUGCAUGGUCUCGUAUGAGUGUUUUUAAAAACUGUUUUCAGGGUCCUGAACUCCUCAGCAAGUACAUUGGAGCCAGUGAGCAGGCUGUCAGAGAUGUCUUUCACAGGUGUGUGCACUCUGCUACACAACACUGUAACCAUGGCUACAAACUGCUGGUGUUGUGUUAACCCAUGCCUCCGUGUGUGUUUCUGUUUCUCUGCAGAGCCCAGGCUGCUAAACCCUGCAUCCUGUUCUUUGAUGAGUUUGACUCCUUGGCCCCCAGGAGGGGUCACGACAACACAGGGGUCACUGACCGGGUGGUCAACCAGCUACUGACCCAACUGGAUGGGGUGGAAGGACUACAGGGUACGGAGAGAAAAGGGGGGGGGGGGGGGCACCUAGAACAGACACUGCUGUCAUACAGUGAGGGAAAAAAGUAUUUGAUCCCCUGCUGAUUUUGUACGUUUGCCCACUGACAAAGACAUGAUCAGUCUAUAAUUUUUAUGGUAGGUUUAUUUGAACAGUGAGAGACAGAAUAACAACAAAAAAAUCCAGAAAAACGCAUGUCAAAAAUGUUAUAAAUUGAUUUGCAUUUUAAUGAGGGAAAUAAGUAUUUGACCCCUCUGCAAAACAUGACUUAGUACUUGGUGGCAAAACGCUUGUUGGCAAUCACAGAGGUCAGACGUUUCUUGUAGUUGGCCACCAGGUUUGCACACAUCUCAGGAGGGAUUUUGUUCCACUCCUCUUUGCAGAUCUUCUCCAAGUCAUUAAGGUUUCGAGGCUGACGUUUGGCAACUCGAACCUUCAGCUCCCUCCACAGAUUUUCUAUGGGAUUAAGGUCUGGAGACUGGCUAGGCCACUCCAGGACCUUAAUGUGCUUCUUCUUGAGCCACUCCUUUGUUUUGGGUCAUUGUCAUGCUGGAAUACCCAUCCACGACCCAUUUUCAAUGCCCUGGCUGAGGGAAGGAGGUUCUUACCCAAGAUUUGACGGUACAUGGCCCCGUCCAUCGUCCCUUUGAUGCGGUGAAGUUGUCCUGUCCCCUUAGCAGAAAAACACCCCCAAAGCAUAAUGUUUCAACCUCCAUGUUUGAUGGUGGGGAUGGUGUUAUUGGGGUCAUAGGCAGCAUUCCUCCUCCUCCAAACACGGCGAGUUGAGUUGAUGCCAAAGAGCUCGAUUUUGGUCUCAUCUGACCACAACACUUUCAUCCAGUUCUCCUCUGAAUCACUCUGUUCAUUGGCAAACUUCAGACGGGCCUGUAUAUGUGCUUUCUUGAGCAGGGGGACCUUGCGGGCGCUGCAGGAUUUCAGUCCUUCACGGCGUAGUGUGUUACCAAUUGUUUUCUUGGUGACUAUGGUCCCAGCUGCCUUGAGAUCAUUGACAAGAUCCUCCCGUGUAGUUCUGGGCUGAUUCCUCACCGUUCUCAUGAUCAUUGCAACUCCACGAGGUGAGAUCUUGCAUGGAGCCCCAGGCAGAGGGAGAUUGACAGUUAUUUUGUGUUUCUUCCAUUUGCGAAUAAUCGCACCAACUGUUGUCACCUUCUCACCAAGCUGCCUGGCGAUGGUCUUGUAGCCCAUUCCAGCCUUGUGUAGGUCUACAAUAUUGUCCUUGAUAUCCUUGGAGAGCUCUUUGGUCUUGGCCAUGGUGGAGAGUUUGGAAUCUGAUUGAUUGAUUGCUUCUGUGGACAGGUGUCUUUUAUACAGAUAACAAGCUGAGAUUAGGAGCACUCACUUUAAGAGUGUGCUCCUAAUCUCAGCUCGUUACCUGUAUAAAAGACACCUGGGAGCCAGAAAUCUUUCUGAUUGAGAGGGGGUCAAAUACUUAUUUCCCUCAUUAAAAUGCAAAUCAAUUUAUAACAUUUUUGACAUGCGUUUUUCUGGAUUUUUUUGUUAUUCUGUCUCUCACUGUUCAAAUAAACCUACCAUUAAAAUUAUAGACUGAUCAUUUCUUUGUCAGUGGGCAAAUUUACAAAAUCAGCAGGGGAUCAAAUACUUUUUUCCCUCACUGUAUGUUUAACAUACAUUUCAUUAGGCUUUGCUUAGUCGGCUUGAUUUAGUUUUAUGAUAUACUUUCAUUUUUUUUAUAUUUAGACAAAUGAACAACAGUACAGUCAUUUUACCAGCACUAUCAUUUUAGUGAGUAAGAUUCCUUUUGCUAAGCGGAUUGCUUGUCUUAUGUUUCCCUCUCUUUCUGUGUGUGUGUGCGUGUAUGCGCGCACGUCCAGGUGUGUAUGUCCUGGCUGCCACUAGUCGUCCAGACCUGAUAGACCCUGCCCUGCUGAGGCCUGGCCGCCUGGACAAGUCCCUCUACUGUCCCCCUCCUGACCAGGUCUGGACCACAUUCAGUCCUAUAUAGUCUCUACUGCCCCCCUCCUGACCAGGUCUGGACCACACUCAGUCCUAUAUAGUCUCUACUGUCCCCCUCCUGACCAGGUCUGGACCACACUCAGUCCUAUAUAGUCUCUACUGUCCCCCUCCUGACCAGGUCUGGACCACACUCAGUCCUAUAUAGUCUCUACUGUCCCCCUCCUGACCAGGUCUGGACCACACUCAGUCCUAUAUAGUCUCUACUGUCCCCCUCCUGACCAGGUCUGGACCACACUCAGUCCUAUAUAGUCUCUACUGCCCCGCUCCUGACCAGGUCUGGACCACAGUCAGUCCUAUAUAGUCUCUACUGCCCCCCUCCUGACCAGGUCUGGACCACACUCAGUCCUAUAUAGGGCCAAUAAGGCUCUUGUCAAAACGAGUGCAAUAUGUUGGGAAUAGGGUGUCAUUUGGGACGCAACCUUUUUAAUGAUUGUGAUGGAGGAAACCAGUUCAUCUUAGUAUGAAAAUGAGUGAUAAUUUGACACCCUGUGACCUAUCUCAUUGUUCCAGUGUUUCUCAGAGGUCAAAAGAAUAUAAAGUCCAGGGCUGUUCUAGCUAUGUUAUAUAUAUAUAUAUAUAACCCAAUGGUCCUGUGUCCCUCCCAGGAGGCGCGUGUAGAGAUCCUAAGGGCUCUAAGCCACUCGGUUCCCCUGGCUGACGAUGUGGACCUGGAGCAGAUGGCCGGGGCCACAGACACGUUCACUGGCGCUGACCUGAAGGCCCUGCUGUACAACGCCCAGCUAGAGGCCAUCCACAGCAGCCUGGGGCCCAGCCUGCUGCAUGUAAGUCAUCCUACCGCCAGGGGGCGCUGUGGGUCUGAUGGUAGAGAUACACUACAGCAAUGUAUGAUAUUCAGUCACCUAUUGGGUCUAAUACCAUAGCUUCAGUAGAGGGGACUAUGGGUUUAAUAGUAGAACUACAUGGAUUUAUAUGUCAUUAACAGGGUAAUAGUUUUAAUGAAUGGUAGAGCUAAAUGGAUCUUUAAAAGUAACCAACCGAAAAAUCUGCUGGGCUCCCUGUGAAGGACCAAUAAUCUUAUAAGGUUUCUGGCAGCAGAGGCUGAUGGGAAGAGCUAUAGGAGGACGGGCUCAUUGUAAUGGCUGGAAUGGAAUUAAUGGGAUGGAGUCAAACGUGGUUUCCAUAUGUUUGAUACCGUUCCAUUAAUUCAAUUCCAGCCAUUACAAUGAGCCCGUACUCCUAUACAGUGCAUUCAGAAAGUAUUCAGACCUCUUGACUUUUUCCACAUUUUGUUACGUUACAGCCUUAUUCUAAAAUUGAUUAAAUAAACAUUUUUCCUGAUCAAUCUACACACAAUACCCCAUAAUGACAAAUCGAAAACAGGUUUAGACAUUUUUGCAAAUUUAUAAAAAUAAAGAAACGUAUACCUUUUUACAUAAGUAUUCAGACCCUUUGAUAUCAGACUCGAAAUUGAGCUUAGGUACAUCCUGUUUCCAUUGAUCAUCCUUGAGAUGUUUCUACAACUUGAUUGGAUACCACCUGUGGUAAAUUCAAUUGAUUGGACAUGAUUUGGAAAGGCACACAUCUGUCUACACUACCGGUCAAAAGUUUUAGAACACCUACUCAUUCAAGGGUUUUUCUGUAUUUUUACUAUUUUCUACAUUGUAGAUUAAUAGUGAAGACAUCAAAACUAUGAAAUAACACAUAUGGAAUCAUGUAGUAACCAAAAAGAGUGUUAAACAAAUCAAAAUAUAUUUUAUAUUUGAGAUUCUUCAAAUAGCCACCCUUUGCCUUGAUGACAGCUUUGCACACUCUUGGCAUUCUCUCAACCAGCUUCAUGAGGUAGUCACCUGGAAUCCAUUUCAAUUAACAGGUGUGGCUUCUUAAAAGUUAAUGUGUGGAAUUUAUUUCCUUCUUAAUGCGUUUGAGCCAAUCAGUUUUGUUGUGACAAGGUAGGGGGGUAUACAGAAGAUAGCCCUAUUUCGUAAAAGACCAAGUCCAUAUUAUGGAAAGAACAGCUCAAAUAAGCAAAGAGAAACGACAGUCCAUCAUUACUUUAAGAACUUUGAACGUUUCUUCAAGUGCAGUCGCAAAAACCAUCAAGCGCUAUGAUGAAACUGGCUCUCAUGAGGACCGCCACAGAAAUGGAAGACCCAGAGUUACCUCUGCUGCAAAGGAUACGUUCAUUAGAGUUGCCAGCCUCAGAAAUUGCAGCCCAAAUAAAUGCUUUACGGAGUUUAGGUAACAGACACAUCUCAACAUCAACUGUUCAGAGGAGACUGUGUGAAUCAGGCCUUCAUGGUCAAAUUUCUGCAAAGAAACCACUACUAAAGGACACCAAUAAGAAGAAAAGACUUGCUUGGGCCAAGAAACACGAGCAAUGGACAUUACACCGGUGGAAAUGUGUCCUUUGGUCUGGAGUCCAAAUUGAAGAUUUUUGGUUCCAACCACCGUGUCUUUGUGAGACGCGGUGUGGGUGAACGGAUGAUCUCUGCAUGUGUAUUUCCCACCGUAAAGCAUGGAGGAGGAGGUGUUAUAGUGCUUUGCUGGUGACACUGUCUGUGAUUUAUUUAGAAUUCGAGGCACACUUAACCAGCAUGGCUACCACAGCAUUCUGCAGCGAUACGCCAUCCCAUCUGGUUUGGGCUUGGUGGGACUAUCAUUUGUUUUUCAACAGGACAAUGACCCAACACACCUCCAGGCUGUGUAAAGGCUAUUUGACCAAGAAGGAGAGUGAUGGAGUGCUACAUCAGAUGACCUGCCCUCCACAAUCCCCCGACCUAAACCAAAUUGAGAUGGUUUGGGAUGAGUCGGACAGCAGAGUGAAGGAAAAGCAGCCAACAAGUGCUCAGCAUAUGUGGGAACUCCUUCAAGACUGUUGGAAAAGCAUUCCAGGUGAAGCUGGUUGAGAGAAUGCCAAGAGUGUGCAAAACUGUCAUCAAGGCAAAGGGUGGCUAUUUGAAGAAUCUCAAAUAUAAAAUAUAUUUGGUUACUACAUGAUUCCAUAUGUGUUAUUUCAUAGUUUUGAUGUCUUCACUAUUAUUCUAUAAUGUAGAAAAUAGGAAAAAUAAAGAAAAACCCUUGAAUGAGUAGGUGUUCUAAAACUUUUGACCAGUAGUGUAUAUAAGGUCCCACAGUUGACAGUGCAUGUCAGAGUAAAAGCCAAGCCAUGAGGUCGAAGGAAUUGUCCGUAGAGCUCCGAGACAGGAUUGUGUCGAGGCAUAGAUCUGGGGUAAAUAGCGGUGCAGCAACGCUCCCCAUCCAACCUGGCAGAGCUUGAGAGGAUCAGCAGAGAAGAAUGGGAGAAACUCCCCAAACAAAGUGGCCUCCAUCAUUCUUAAAUGGAAGAAGUUUGGAACCACCAAGACUCUUCCUAUAGCUGGCUGCCCGGCCAAACUGAGCAAUCGGGGGAGAAGGGCCUUGGUCAGGGAGGUGACCAAGAACCCGAUGGUCACUGACAGACCUCCAGAGUUCCACUGUGGAGAUGGGAGAACCUUUGUCGUGGAGAUUCUAAUCAAUAAGGAGGAGCGACAAGGUCAGUCACCAAUCAGGAUAUCACUUUAUUCAAAACGUAUUAAUAGGGUAGCAAGUGAGGCUGGUCAACCCAACACUCGAGUGUUGGGCCGAGAGCUCUCCUCCCUCUCUCCCUCCAGGACCAGUAAACCUCUCCUCCCUCUCUCCCUCCAGGACCAGUAAACCUCUCCUCCCUCUCUCCCUCCAGGACCAGUAAACCUCUCCUCCUUCUCUCCCUCCAGGACCAGUAAACCUCUCCUCUCUAUCCCUCCAGGACCUGGGCUCGGGUUCGGACAGCGACAUAAGCCUGUCCUCCAUGAUCUUUCUGAACCACAGCAGUGGGUCUGAUGACUCGGCGGGGGAAGGGGAGAGAGGGAGCGGGCUGGACCACUCCAUGGUGCUGCUGGACCUCAGUGACGUCCCCCCUGAGGACCCCCGUGGUAACCUCUGGAGGCUGUACUUCGGCAGCUCCUAUGAGUCCGAGCUGGGCAACCCUUCCCCCUCAGGAUUGGUGAGAUGAUGAUGAUGAUGAUGAUGACCAUCUGCAUCCCAAACAGCACCUUGUUCUCUAUGUAGUGAACUACCUUUGACCAGGGCCCUAUGGGCCCAUAGGGUACUGGUCAAAAGUAGUGCACGAUAUUGGGAAUAGGGUGCCAUUUGGAACACCGACAUGUAGUCCCAUGUAGAUGAUCAAUGGAUGGUCAUACUAUCAAACUAUCUAAGCAACUUCUUGCUAAAAACAAGGGUUAGGAUAAGGGUUAGGGUUAGUGGAUAGUUUGUUGAAAUGUUGUUGACAGUUAUUGACAUCUACAAACGAUCUACAAAUUUACUUGGGACUAUCCAAAUAAAGUGUUACCCCUUGUAGGCCUAUAAGUUAUUAGCAACAUUAGCUAAUCUUUUUAAAUGACAUUCACUCCUUUAUCUGCAGAGUUCUGUCUAAAGCUGUUUUGUCCUCACCCCCCCCUCUCUGUCUGUCCCCGUAGAACUCCCAGGGUAUCUCGGGGCCCAACUCUAAUGACCUGACCGGUGCGUCUGUCAGAGACUGCUCCCACCCCCCGGCCUAUAUGUCCUCUCUACAGGACGGCUACGAGGAGCUCAGCCAUGAGCAGCUAGAACGCCUCCGACUGGAAAUCAGCAACAUCAAGAGCAACUACAGACGAGCAACUGUCAGUUCUUUAUCUAGAAUAGUAACUCUGUUAAUAAAGCACUUUUCAUACAUUUCUCUCAAAGCACUAGUAACUGUAGAAGGUGUUUCCUUUCUGUUUGUCUGUCUGUGCAGGAGGACAGUGUCCCAGUCCAGGGUGGCCCCAGCAGGCCAGGUCUGCUCCUGUGUCAGGCCCACCUCACCUCAGCCCUGGCUGCCACCAGAGCCUCCCUCAGCAAGCAGGACUGGAGGAGGUACACAGACCUGUGAGUAGUGCUACAGUAAAUCUUUGCUUUCCAUAAAAAUGUCAAUACUUUGAGCAAAUAUUUGAUCAAUUUCUCAGGAAAUCAACACACCAAAUAUACGCAGACCCACGAGCCACUGCGGCCCCUCAUGAUGAGUUCCGGUUUUUGUGGCCCCCACCCCCAUCAAAGUUGCCCAUCCCUGGUCUAAAGCAUUUUUCUUUCCAACCUUGUUGUUUCUGUCUUAUCAGGUAUGAGUCCUUUGGAGCUUUGGGAGAAGGAAAGUCUCAGAGCACAGUGACGUUCAAACCCGGCCAAAGAGUAACCCUCGCUUAACGACACGUAUGUCUCUACAGUAUCUGUUCAAUUUGGCCUGCUAAUUGAAUGGUAGUUUUGUUGUAAUUUAGCCAUCAUUGAUUUAUUUAUUCGUAAUGUAUCUUCUACAUAAUCGGAAUCCCAUGCACAAGUAUGCAUUUAAAUGUAAAUAUGAUUGUACACUAUUGUAUGAUACGGACAUAUUGACAUUUGAUGAUUGUAAUGAUGUUUCCAACUAAAUUAUCAUGGAAAAACAUGUAAAUCUGUACAAUGUAUCACA